UUCAACCUUGUCCCUUCCUUUCUUCACACAUUCCACUCAUCAGAAAUGGCAACAUCUCCAUUAACCUCCCUUCUCCCAUUCACAACUUCAUCAACUAAAUCUCAUUCAAAGCUCCCACCUUUUCGUGCAUUCAGAGUCUCGGCUUCUGUCUCAGUUCCUGAAACUCACUUUCAACACACACCCAGAAGAGAAUUCUUAAAGGGUAUUGCUCUUUCACUCCCACUUAUUGCUCUUACUGAGCCACCACAGUCACAAGCUAGAGAUGUUGCAGUUGGUUCUUUCCUCCCUCCUUCAUCAUCAGACCCUUCUUUUGUUCUCUUCAAAGCUUCUACUAAAGAUACUCCUGCCCUUCGAGCAGGAAAUGUCGAGCCAUACCAGUUUAUCCUUCCCCCAACAUGGAAACAGCUUCGUAUAGCUAACAUACUAUCAGGAAAUUACUGUCAACCAAAAUGUGCAGAGCCAUGGGUGGAGGUUAAAUUUGAAGAUGAAAAACAAGGAAAAAUUCAGGUUGUUGCUUCACCUUUGAUACGCCUAACCAACAAACCAAAUGCAACAAUUGAGGACAUUGGUAGCCCAGAAAAGGUUAUUGCUUCUCUCGGCCCAUUUGUAACCGGAAACACUCUUGACCCUGAUGAACUCAUCGAGACUUCAGUUGAAAAGAUUGAUGAUCUGACGUACUACAAAUAUGUGCUUGAAACUCCAUAUGCUCUUACCGGUUCACACAAUCUUGCAAAAGCAACUGCAAAGGGAAACACCGUUGUUUUGUUUGUGGCUAGUGCCAAUGACAAGCAGUGGCAAACUUCAGAGAAGGUUCUAAAGACCAUGCUUGAUUCCUUUAAAGUGUAGUUUUCUGUUAAAGGUAAAUUAGAUAACUUUACCUUCGGAUUAUUUCUUGUAAUUUUUGUUUAUACAGGAUUAUUGAGCAAGAGGUGUAUUGGUCCCCAUUUGAAAUAUAUUUUGAUUUGAAGUUGAAGUCAUAUGUUUUCAUGUUUUAACAGAACAACUUGUCUUUGUAAAUAUCUGAUUAUGCCAAUGUCUUAUGUUUUAUUGUCUUAA